GUCUGAAAAGUGGACAGAGGUGAGGGGGAGCCAGAGGAGGAACCCAGACAGUGUGGGAAGUAAAGGACUGGAGGAGAGAGAAAGCGAGAGAGAGAGAGGGGUAGCAAGCACUAGGAGAGCAGUGAGGAUGGAUCAAGUGCAUACUGUCUUCUCAUGACAAUGCUGACCAUUUCAAACUCCACGAGGGAAUAUUAUUCUCACUUGAACGGGUCGGAAUCGCGGUCGCCAUCAACCGCAACCUUUCCAAACAUGCUUAUGCAGAAUAUGGAACCGAUUUGACGUUUCAAAUGGAUAUGCUUCCCGGGAAAGUAACUUUUUCUCACAAAAGAAAUAACAGAAACUACGCGUUUGAAACUACAGCUUGGAUAAAAAGCAUUUUAAUAACCUUUUCUGAAUAAUUUAUCGGGCAUGCGUCUUAACCCCUCAUAACUUUUUGGAUGGUUUUGAUUCCUAUAGACUAUGCUCUGGGAUUAUUAGAUGUUUAAAUAUUUCAAUUGAAGAUGGAGAGGUCGUUAAUAUACCUGUUUUUAUAUUUUACCUUACCUGGAAUAAUUGUGACCGCGUCUUCGAAUCCCUCGCGCAACAACCUCCAAACACCUCAGAGCCAUUCAAAUUCAAAUGCUGCACGAGUCGCGAGCAGGCACAGGAACUGGUGUGCUUACGUAGUGACGCGCACCAUCAGCUGUGUGAUGGAGGACGGCGUGGAGACGUAUGUGAAACCGGAAUACCAGAGGUGUGCUUGGGGACAGUGCUCCAGAGGGAUGGUGUAUCGGACAUACCGGAGGCCCAGGUAUAAGGUGGCCUAUAAGAUGGUGACGGAGAUGGAGUGGAAGUGUUGUCAUGGUUACUCCGGUGACGACUGCCACGAUGGUACGACGUGGACUGGUGACAGUCAGGUGACAGCGGGCCGACCCCACGUCACUCAGACAGGAUAUAACACUGAAGAAGGAGGAGGAGGAGAGAGGGACAGUAACAGGAUUAGACAAAUGGAGGAGACUAUCCAAAGAUUGACCAAGGACCUCCAUGACAUGCAGUCCACCGUGACUGGCAUGAACCAGAGACUCCACGAAGACUCCAGCAGACCAGGCCUGAAUGGGGACCGGACCCCGGCCGACGCGGCCCCGCCCAUGACGGAGACCAUCCAUAGCAUUCAGACCAAACUGGAUCAGCUGGACAACAGGACCCAGGUCCACGACCGGACCCUCCUGUCCAUCAACAACCACCUGGUCAAUGGUAACGGGGGUUCCCAUGGUAACGAGCUGGAUGGGGCUCUGACGGGCAAGAUGGACGCCAUGAAGGAAGACAUUCUCCGUGACCUGGAGAGGAGGGUCAGUUUGUCCUGCUCCUCCUGUCAGAGCGGGGUGGAGGACAUGAGGAGGCAGCAGGAGAGGGACCGUGAGAGGAUCAGCGCCUUGGAGAAGCUGUUGAGCUCCAUGGACCAGCACUAUCGACACAACAUGGAGACAAUGAGGAGGGAGGUGGAACGCUCGCAGGGUUGCUGCGACACCGUCACGGAGCUGGACCGCAGGCUGACUGACGUGGAGGUGAAGGUGGACACCGCGGCCCAGGGCUAUGACAUCGUCAAAGGGCGCCUGGACAAGGAGCUGGGCGGGGCGUCGGGAGGAGAGAAGGGCGGCAGGAUGAAGGUGACGGAGGAGAAGCUGAACAGCCGACUGCGGGAGCUGGAGAGGAGGUUGAACGGCACGGUGAGGAAGACGGAGCAGAGGUGCACCAACACGGGGAGCAGCAUGAAGGAGAGCCUGCAGAGGGAGGUCACCUCCAUCCGCAACAUGGUCCUCAGCCACGUGGAAGACCACGGAUACAGGAUGGGAAAGGUGGAGCUGGACCUCACCGUCCUGACCGACACGGUCACUGACCACAGCCGACGACUGGGUCAACUAGAGAACAUCACAAACCUAAUGGACGCCAGACUGACGUCGACGGAGAACAUGUGCGCCGAGACCUGUGGUCCCAAUGGGAACGGACGACAGACAGAGGACACGGUCAAGAACCUGGAGUGGAGGGUGGUCACCAACCAGGAGGAUAUCCGGAGGUUUGACACUAGACUCAAGGACCUGUCGGUGUCCGGGGACGCCGUCAUGGACAGAGUGGAGGACCUCAGCAACGACGUCAAGAUGAUCAAAGGGUUGACGGGCGAGGACGGCGAGCAUUUCAACAGGAUCGUGUCCGAGGUGGAGACGCUGGGGCGAAGUGUGGAUGACUGCUCCGUCUGUAGCUCAGUGGAGAAAGACCUGCAGUCCUUCGCCAAUGCUACCAGCAGCGCCCUCUCGAGGUGCCAAGCAGAGCUGACAGACAUGCGCAACAGGUUUGACUCUGAGGAGUCCACAUGCUCCAAGGUUUGCUCCAACCUGCAGGAGGCGGUGGGGCGGCUGCGAGAGGAGGUGGAGGAGUGCACAGGGAGGUGUAACACCGGCCUGACAGACCUCAAGACAAACCUGGAUGGUUACAAGAACCUCAGCGGGCGACUGGGAACAGAUCUGAAGUCCAUCCAAGGAGAAAUGUCCCAGUUCAACAUCAGGUUUACUACCUUGAAUGAAAGCGUGAAGGAUCUGGGUUUUAAGGUCCAGAACCACGACGAGGCCCUUAUAGACCUGGGUUCCUCCAAGGACAACAUCAACUCAGAGGUGUACAAGCUGCAGACGGAGCUGGACGACCACAUCGACGACACCAAGGUCCGUUUCACUGACCUGGGCCGGGAGAUAAACACCAUCACCAGCAACUAUGUGACCGAGAUCGGGGACUGCCGGCGGUCUGGGGACGGCCUGGACAAGAGGCUGUCCAAGAUGGAGGGCAUGUGUGGUCGGCUGGACGGAAUCUCCAACAGCUUGGUGAAGAUCAAGGAGGGACUGAACAGACAUGUUUCGGGGUUGUGGAACUGUGUCAACACCAUCAACUCUACGGUUAUCUCCCACGGCGACAGCAUCAACACCAUAAAGAACAUAGAGAUCCCCGCCAUUCACUCUGACAUCCACGGGCUCAACACCUCCGUCCACAACGUCCUCAACGAGAUCCGCAGCUUCAGCCUUCAGGACUUUGUCGGUCCCCCUGGUCUUCCUGGUCCGAGGGGAGAGAGGGGCUACUCAGGCCUUCCAGGACCAGUGGGGCCCCAGGGAAAAGAGGGGCCCCAGGGCAAACCAGGCAAUGAGGGGCCCCUGGGACCUCCAGGUUUGAGAGGUGAAGAAGGGCCUCCGGGGUCAGAUGCCCAUGUUCCCCGUCUGUCCUUCUCGGCCGCUCUUACCCACCCCCAGGCCCGGCCUGGGACCAUCGUCUUCAACAAGGUCUUCGUCAAUGAGAUGGACGUCUACAACGCGCGCACAGGCUACUUCACGGCACCGGUGAGCGGGAAGUACUACUUCAGUGCCACUCUGACGGGCCACAAGAACGUCAAGGUGGAAGCGGUCCUGUCCAAGUCCAACUAUGGCGUGGCGCGUGGAGACUCCGCGGGCUACCAACCAGAGGGCCUGGAGAAGCCCAUGGCCGAGGCCAGACACACCCCUGGUGCCCUGGUGGUGUUCAGCCUGAUACUGCCCAUGAAGGUCGGAGACUCUGUGUGCAUCGACCUGGUCUCCGGGAAGCUGGCCCACUCUUCUGAACCCCUCACCAUGUUCAGCGGGGUGCUCCUGUAUGAGGGCGUUGUCUGAUUGGCUGGUCUGUUGGCAUGAGGCCUUCUGACUGGCUGGUCUGUUGGUAUGAGGCCUUCUGAAUGGCUGGACGGUUUAGUGCAAGGCAUUUUGAUUGGAUUCUGGGUUGGGAUGAGGAAGUCCGGUGGGAUGGUUUGUAAUAAGGAGGAGUAUGAUUGGUGAGUACAGUUUUGCUGUAGACCUUCAUGAAUGAAAAAUAAGAAAACAAACGUGUCCGAUUAUCAAUGUACUUCAUUUGAUGUUUUUUCGUGUUACCCUUAAACUUUAAGGAAAAUAUUGAACAGAGCAAAUACCCAUUGUACUUUAUUACAUGGUUUUACAUUUUAAUUUAAUCGUUUGUUUGGUACUAUAAAAGUUUUAUACAUUUCUAUCUACAGUUAAUAAGUAUCACACACGAAUGCAAUGUAAUUCACACCCACAAAUAUGUCUCUGGGAUUACUGUAUUUACAAAGUUCAUUUAGUUAACGCACAUUUCAAUUUUCUACGCUGUCUUAAGUGCUUUCUAACUACUUUAUGUUGUUGUCGUGGUGCAACGUCAGUUCUCUUGGUGCUAAUCAGUCUGUGUUCCAGAACCCAAACCAAAAAGAACACUUAGGGAGCAUUCCAUUCCAUGAGUGUCCAAAGAAUCAAGAGAAAAGUCUCUCAGAAUAAUAAUAUAAAGGGUCAAUCAGUAUGCGAAAGUUGAGGACCAGCAGUAAAGCAUAUGUACUCCGUCUGUUGCUCUCUGCUGGGUCUGACAGUGGAAUGUAUAUUUACAGCCAUAGAUAAUGCUAAUGGUGAGAUGAAUAAACCUCCUCCACAUCCCUUCGUUCCUUUGGCCCGGUUCCUGAAUCUCCAAAAAUGCCACCCUAUUUCCUAUUUAGGGAUCGUGUUGUUUUCUUUUUAAAAGUAGUAUACUAAAUAGUGAAUAUGGUGCCAUUUGGGACAGCGAGUAGGGGUCACACUUGCUGUGUCCUUCCUUAGUGGGCCAAUUAUCGAGCAUGUACUGAAUUCAGAGAAUUGGAAUUCAGCCCGAUAUACAGGAUAGGAUGUUGUUGUAGCUGCUGUCAAGAAACAUUACGAUCAUUCACCACAUUCAUGGCUAUCUGAAAUGGAACCUCAUUGCCCGUGUAGUAAAUCAUCUCUGACCAGCCUCGUGUCCUCAGGUGGACUUGGACAUUAGUCCGUGGCAAGAAAGCCUAGAGGUCAAGAACAUGGGUUCCGGUAAACAAAAGGUCAUUGGUUCUGAGCCGGGAUGGUGAAAAGUCUGCUGUUCUGCCGCUAAACACGGCAAUUAACCCAAAUUGCUCUCAGAUUGUUGCUGAAAAUAAGAAUGUGUUCUUUGUCGUGCUAACCUGGUAAAAUAGCAGUAAAACAGAAGCUGCCUCGCACUACAGAAACGGGACAUAGCCUCCUUCCACAUGGGCCGGGCUCUUCUCUGUACAGGCUUACGGGGCUUCCUGUUGCCCAGGUGGUCCAGAGAGGGCUCUGGUCCUGGUUUAAAAUAACGCACGGUAGUAGGAUGCUGGUAUAAAUCGCCUGGGCAGAUGUCGAUUUCCUAAAGCUAUGAUAUGUAUGGAUAUAGUUUGUAAAUAUUUUGAAUGUAUAAUUGUUGCCAUGCGUAUAUCAGCAAGUUGUUGUGAUUUA